GAAGAAAUUGAAAAUAAAAUAAAAGAAAUUUCAAAAAAUAUGCCUUUAGAUAUAGGUAGAUUACUUCGAAAUAUAUAUAAACACUAUACAGGCUUUAAAGCAGUUGAAUGGCGAAAUUGGGUAACACUUUUUUCUUUACCUUUAUUAAAUGAAAAAUUAGAUAAAAG